UUGGCCCCGCUUUCUUCGCCUCUUCCUUUACUUUCGAGAAACUGCGUUUCCGCUUCUGGCCAAAGAGACCUCGGAGAUAAAGGUGCCGGGAGGGGCCGGCUGCUGCCUGCACCUCCCCUACCCCCUCUUCUGCGCCUUCUUCCCUGAGGACUUUUUCCCUGCUCUGUCGCCUUCGACAAGUCUGUGCUUCCCCAGACCUGACCGGGAGGAGGCUCGGCCGGGAGAUGCUCUAAGAGGCGGCGGCAAGGACUCGGCUGGUAGCCGGGCUGGACGGAGGGCCCGGCAGGAAGAUGGGCUCUCCUGGAUGGGGACUUGCGCUGGUGUGCUGCCUGCUACUGGCCUUUGCCUGUGGCCCGGCCCUGAGCCUGGUGCCCCGUGUGCAGCAGGAACAGCCGGAGCAGGAGGGGACCACGGAGCCGCCUCCCCCGCUGGACCACACUGACAGGGCGGAAGAAAAACAUGAAAAAUAUAGCCCCAGCCAGGGCGAGGAGCUGCCCACUUCCCAGUGCUUCCGCUGCUGCGACCCCGCCACCCCCCUGUACCAGGCGGCCCCGGUGCCCCAGAUUAACAUCACCAUCCUGAAAGGCGAGAAGGGUGACCGCGGGGAUCGCGGCCUCCAGGGAAAAUACGGCAAAACCGGCUCAGCGGGCGCCAGGGGCCACAUUGGACCCAAAGGGCAGAAAGGUUCCAUGGGGGCGCCCGGGGACCGGUGCAAGAACCACUACGCCGCCUUCUCCGUGGGCCGGAAGAAGCCCCUGCACAGCAACGAAUACUACCAGACGGUGGUCUUCGACACGGAGUUCGUGAACCUCUACAGCCACUUCAACAUGUUCACAGGCAAGUUCUACUGCUACGUGCCUGGCAUCUACUUCUUCAGCCUCAACGUGCACACCUGGAACCAGAAGGAGACGUACCUGCACAUCAUGAAGAACGGGGAGGAGGUGGUGAUCCUAUACGCCCAGGUGAGCGACCGCAGCAUCAUGCAGAGCCAGAGCCUCAUGCUGGAGCUGCGCGAGCAGGACGAGGUGUGGGUGCGCCUCUUCCGGGGCGAGCGCGAGAACGCCAUCUUCAGCGACGAGUUCGACACCUACAUCACCUUCAGCGGCUACUUGGUCAAGCACGCCGCAGAGCCCUAGCAGGCGGCCACCCCUGCCGCGCCGCCAGAGGCUGCCCCGACCCCUGCCCCCGCGCUGUGCAGACCCCAGGGCCCGGCACCAGCUGGCCCCAUCGCCUCUCCCCCAUCGCGACUUCCUUGGCCUCUGCGAUCCCCGCUUCGGCAUCCACCCAGACGCCCUCCACGGGACGGACGGGCAGCCAGAUCUCGCCGCUGCUCCGCAGAGAGCUGACGGCAGAUGAAAUCACCAGGGCGGGGUGCCUGUGAGGACAGUCAGGGGGACCUCUGGCUCCCCUCUGUGCACACGUCCUCAAGUGACCUCGCGUGGCGGCAGGGUGUCCCAGAGCAUAGCACCCCUGCCCCUUCCCUGGAAAUAAUUAGGCAAAUUCUAAAGGUCUCGAAAGGAGCAAAGUAAACCAUGGAGGAAAAAGCAGAGCAAAGCGUUAUUUCUGUCUGUCCGGCCAGCUGCUGGCUCCCGAGGGAGGGUCCUUCUUGCUGGAGGUCGCACGAGGCUCUGUCCAAGAGAUCUAAGGUGGAAGCCAUAGGGCCUCCAGGAAACCACGUCUGGCUUAAUUCUUUUAGGCCACAUAUGAGCCUUCUUUGGGGAUAGCUGGACCCAUGUCCAUGUCUUGGCGACGUCCCCGUGGCCUUGCCCAAGGGCUCAGCUGGUCCUUUCUGAGCCACAACAGUGAGGGCAUUGGGGCUGGGGCAGCAAGUGUCAGCCCCCCAGAGGGACAGCCACGCCCUCCGCUGUUGGCUCUGAGCUGAGCUCUGGGCUCCCGACAGCGGCUGGGGACCUCAGGGACCCCCAGACCUGCAGAUGUUUCUAUGAGGAGCAAAGCCCCCGGUACACCCAGGCACGGUGCUGCUCCACGCCCCACGCCAGCUCAAGCCCUGGUGGGGUCUCCAUGCCUGCCGCCCUGUUCCUCCUCCACACGCAGCAGCCACGGAGGGCCCUGGCCGGUGGUUCUGUUUUCUGUCAACGCCGCUCACGCCGCGCAGGGCCCCGUUUCCUCCGGGGUUCAGCCUCCCGGGCUCCGCGUCCGCUGUCUUGCUUUGCAGCCAGGCCGCUGGCACCGUUCAGGUCCCCACCGCCCCUGCCCAGGCAACACAGGAGGGGCUUUCUCGGGUCCCAGAGCAGGGGCAGCCAGAGGGGUGCUGGAAGGCUCCUGUGAGCCUCAGUCCCGAAACCAGAGUAGAAGGGAGACGCGUCCCGACACUGGGUGGGGACUCACUCCCAGGCGGUGGGUGUCGGAGAGGCGGUGGCCGCCCCCCCCAGCUCUUUCAGGACCUCUGGAGCGGGCUGCUGCGUCUGAUUGGUGCCCUGGCCCUGCCUCGGCAGCGGGCGGCCCUGGCGUUCCCUGACCUGCAGGACCCCACGGCCCGACCCCACCGUGCCAGGCCCGAGACCCUAUGCGGAAUUUCCUCCUGCCGCCUGGUGAUCCCUGGUUUUGACUGACUCCUCUUCCCUCUCUGGGCCGGGGGGGCUCUGGGGUCCUCACGCAUGUCCCUCUCUCUAGUGGACUUCUGCUGGUCAGACCAAAGCUGUCCCCUCGGGUGCGCCCACCGCGAGCAGAGUGCCACCCGCCGCUUGAGCUCCCUGGUGCUCCUUCCGGAAAACAUUAAACUCGGAAUGGUGUUUUUCAGCAUCCUGGCCUCGUCCGUUUGUGCCCUGAACCAAAUCCUCUUCCUUUCCUCCUGUCCAUCCGCGCCCACCCUGCCUGUCUUCAUACUUGGGACACGCGAGGACACCCUCGUUCCCCGCAGGGUGCCGGGAGGGGCUGGUGGCUUGUGAGCGGUGGCGGGAGGCAGGGACCGCGGUCCGGGAGAAGCAGGGACCAGGGAGGCAGGAACUCGGCCACGGCUCCGCAGCCCGGAUAACUGUACUUACUUCCUGGGGCUGCCAGACAAGCCCCACAAACUG